AAAAAUUAAUUUUUUUCCUUAUGCCCAUUUCCCUCAAUCCCAUGGUGGGUGAGGCAGAAGUAAACAGAACAAAAAGACAUAGGCAAUGAGUCGCAUAACACUGGGCGAUGACUGAUGAGUAACCUAAAGAUUGAAAGCAAACAACAGAGAACACAGCAAGUUGCCUAAAGCCCUAAAACGCCAUGACGAAAGCAGAAAAUGGCUUGAGCAAAAAUUUCUUUUUCCUAUUUCAACCAUUCAAAUACAUUAAGAGCAGAGUACUGUCAUGUUGUUGCGUUUCCUUUAUGUGGUGAUUUGCACAAUCCCCAGCCGUCGGAUGAAGCUUGAUCAAUCAGGACUCAUCUUUGAGAAGACAAAAAGGGAAAACUGGUUAUUGUCAAAUAUCAGAAGUGCAACGAAGAUCCUCCAGCAAAAAAUGAUCAAUUUAGACAGUUGGUGUACUCGAGAAACUGAACAAAGAAAGACGGGAACAUAGGCGGGAUCUUGAUGUACGGACCAAAAUAAGGAAACAUUUACUCAAUAAGGACAAGCCCAUAAAGCCUAGCCUUUGCCUACAUAUCUCCCUUUGGUCUCCUCUUUGUUUUCACUCUUCGUCGCCCGCGUUUUCAGCUGAUGCUAGCUGAGCUCACUGUCUUCUUCUUCAGUAUUGACUUUGUCAUCUCUUCUUAUAUCCAUGGCUGAAACCCUUUCUAAAUUCAUUUCCUUUCAUGGGGAGUUGUACAUAUUUCUAUAACACUUUUCUUUAACGUUCUUUAGUGAUUGACUCCAACAGCCGUUGCUCUUUGCAUUUAUGUUUCUUGGAAAUCUGUGUAUCUGUUGCUCUGUGAUCUAUAUUGGUCUAAAGCUGGGUUCUUUUUGUCUCAAAUAGCUUCUCUGCACCAAUUUCACUCCCUAAACCCUCUCUUAAACCAACAAUCCUUCUCUUUUUCUUGGUAUCUUGUCUGUUUUUAAUGGAUAAUAGGAUUGGUUUCUCUGAUUCUACUGAGAUCAGCAAUGGAAGCAGCACGUGCUGCAUAGAAACCCUAUCCACUCCCAAGCCUCCAAACCCUGAAAUCUCAGCACUCCAACAGCUCUCCAGAAGCCUCGAAUCCAUCUUCGAUUCCCCAGAUUUUGACUUUUUUGCCGACGCCAAAAUCACAAUCUCGGCCACUAACAGGGAGGUCCCAGUCCACCGGUGCAUUCUGUCGGGGAGAAGUUCUUUCUUCAAGGCGGUGUUUUCGGGUUCUGCGGCCAAAGAGAAAGGUUCGAAGUUUGAAUUGAAGGAGUUGGCAAAGGACUAUGAUGUUGGGUUCGAUUCGCUUGUGGCAGUUUUGGCGUAUUUAUAUACUGGAAAAGUGAGGCCGUUGCCAAAGGGCGUUUGUGUUUGUGUGGAUGAAGAUUGCUCCCAUGUAGCUUGCAGGCCCGCUGUAGAUUUUAUGGUUGAGGUGUUAUAUGCAUCUUUUACGUUUCAGGUGCCUGAAUUGGUGGCUCUCUAUCAGAGGCGCCUUCUAGGCAUUCUUGACAAGGUUGCAAUUGAUGACAUCUUGGUGGUUCUAUCUGUUGCAAAUAUAUGUGGUAAAGCUUGUGAGAGAUUGUUUGCAAGAUGUAUCGAGAUCAUUAUGAAAUCUGAUGCUGAUAUUGUAACUCUUGACAAGGCCUUGCCUCAACACAUUGUAAAGCAAAUAACAGAUUCUCGCUUAGAGUUUGGUCUGGAGACACCUGAAAGCACAGGUUAUCCUGAUAAACAUGUAAAGAGAAUACACCGGGCUUUGGACUCAGAUGAUGUAGAAUUAGUUAGAAUGCUACUAAAAGAGGCGCAUACCAAUUUGGAUGAUGCAUAUGCACUCCAUUAUGCUGUUGCGUACUGUGAUGCAAAGACUACCACCGAGCUUCUUGAUCUUGGAAUUGCUGAUGUAAACCAUAAAAAUUUAAGGGGCUACACUGUACUGCAUGUUGCUGCAAUGCGUAAAGAGCCUAAGAUUAUUGUAUCUCUCUUGACUAAGGGAGCUCGUCCGUCAGAUCUUACUCUGGAUGGUAGAAAAGCACUUCAAAUAUCGAAGCGACUUACUAGGGCUUCAGAUUACUAUAGCUAUACUGAGGAAGGAAAAGCUUCUCCCAAGGAACGAUUAUGCAUAGAGGUAUUGGAACAAGCAGAAAGAAGAGAUCCAUUGCUUGGAGAGGCUUCUCUUUCUCUUGCUAUGGCUGGUGAUGACCUGCGAAUGAAAUUAUUGUACCUUGAAAAUAGAGUUGGGCUGGCAAAACUUUUAUUCCCCAUGGAAGCGAAAGUUGCGAUGGAUAUUGCUCAAGUGGAUGGCACUAGUGAAUUUCCAUUAACUAGCGCCAAGGUGAAGAAUUUGGCUGGUGCUCAGAGGACAACAGUGGAUUUGAAUGAGGCACCUUUCAGAAUUCAAGAGGAGCAUCUGAGUAGGAUGAGAGCGCUCUCUAAAACUGUGGAACUUGGGAAAAGGUUUUUCCCCAAGUGCUCAGAAGUACUAAACAGGAUCAUGGAUGCUGAUGACUUAUCGCAGCUCGCCUAUUUGGGGAAUGACACUCCAGAGGAACGACUCCAAAAGAAAAGAAGAUACAUGGAACUCCAGGAAGUUCUAACUAAGGCAUUUACUGAGGAUAAACAAGAGUUUGAUAGGUCUACCAGAUCAUCUUCUGCAUCGUCAAAGUCAGUAGUGACUGUGAGGUCUAAUGGCAAGCUUCCUGAUAGGGGUGGUAGUACUAGCAAGGCUUAAUUUUUUCUUCCUUUUGUAUGAUAUUUAUGCAACUUUUUUGUUAUAUAUAUGCAUAUAUAUUUUAAGAUUUUUUUUUUGCUUUGUAUAAUAAAUAAAUGGUUGGCUAUAGAGGAGAGAAGGGAAUAAGACCAUGUUUGGUACGACAUACUAUACCAAAUCAAAAGUGUAAUGUAAUUAUAUUACAAUUU